CCAUAGAUGUUUAUUAUUUAAUUGUCUAUACCCGACCUUAGGUAUCGUCUUCGACAUGUGGCCCGCCAAGACCAGCUCCCCGGAAAUAGCCACCAUUUCACAUGUACCAGUCAGCUGAACGAGAAAAAACGAGGAUGACCUCAGAUUCCAGCCCCUCGUGUUCUUCCGUCAUAUCUUCUUUUUUUUGUUUCGUCUGAUGACCCAAAGCAAAUAUAUAUAUAUAUAAUCUCGCGAUAGCAGACGCUACCAGAACAUACUAUAUAUAUACUUAUAAAGGAACUGAACCGAACUGCUGCAACAAGGGGCCAGUAUGACGACAGAAACAACGCUUUCGUAUACAGAAGAGGAGGGCAUGCAUGUCCUUCCGGAUGGAAAGGGGUUAUAUACGAAGAUGUGGAAGCCCAAAAGCAAUCCCCCCCGUGCGGUUCUUGCCUUCUUCCAUGGAUUCAGUGAUCACUGUAAUGCAUACUAUGAGUUCUUCCCGACGUUGGCAGAUCGGGGAAUUGAGGUUAGGGCUGUUGAUCAGAGAGGCUGGGGCCGUUCCGUAACCCAACCCUCCGAGCGCGGUUUAACAGGUCCAACAACCCUCGUUCUCGCAGACAUGCACUCAUUCCUCCUCUCUCUCUGUCCUCCCAAAGCUCCCCUCUUCGUAAUGGGCCACAGCAUGGGUGGCGGCCAAUUACUCACUUACAUAUUCCAUCCGGAAUCACCCUUCAACAAUAACAACAACAAUCAAUCCCGCCCAACCCUCUCAGGAGCAAUGAUAUACUCGCCCCUCAUCGCAUUACAUCCAUCAACUCGUCCAUCCAUGCUAAAAGUCACCCUCGGUCGAAUGGCAGCAAAGCUCCUCCCGCGCUGGCAGUUAUAUUCCCCUGUGGACGCCAAUCUGGUUAGUCGAGACCCGCAGGUCUGUGAGGAUUAUGCCACGGACGAACUGUGCCAUGAUACAGGUACUCUGGAGGGAUUAGCUGGGAUGCUAGAUCGGGGUCUUUGGUUGGAGGGGAUCGCUACAGGGGGUCAACAACUACAUGUAGAUGGUGGAGAGAGUGUGCCUCCGAUGUGGUUCUGUCAUGGAGAUGAUGAUCAGAUUAAUCUUUACGAUGCGACGAGGAGAUUCGCGGAGGUGAUUGAUGUGGGGGAUAAGAUGUUUAAACGGUACAAGGGGGGAUAUCAUAGGUUGCAUGCUGAGCCGGAUGGGAUGGGAGAUCAAUUCGCUACGGAUGUUGCUGAGUGGAUUCUGGGUAAAUGUCCUGCGCGGGGAAAUACUAGUAGUGGUAGUGGUAGCAGGGCUGGGAGUUCGGAUGAUAAGGAUGAUGGUGGGCUAGUAGUGCAAGGUGAAGGAGAUUCGAAUAUAAGAAGUCCCGUGGAGGAUGAUAAUGCUGGGACGAGAGCUGAUUGGACGCAGGGGAUGAAGGAGGUUGUGAAACCGAAGCUGUGAGAUGCGUCGACGACACCGCGGUAAGGCAUUGGGUCUUUUUGUUUUCACUUUUGUUUAAAGUAUUACUGCCAUAAGUGAUUGAAAGACGGGGGCUGGCUUGGAUUACUUUUGUCUUUUCCGCUUGGAUAAUAAGAAAAAGGUAUAAUGGUGUCAUAGAUCAUAGUAUAUAGUCCGAAAUGCUAUUUUAUGCAGAUGGCA